AAGGUCACCUUUUCGGUUUCUUAUUCCAGACCAUACAGGAAUAAAAUUCCUCUUAUGCUAAACUUCACACACAAUGCUUUUGACUGCUCAAUAACUGAUGCCAUUUUCAUUUUACAUGUCCUAAAAAGUACCAACUUUUUGCACUGCAUAUGAACUGUAUGAGAAUAUUAACUCGGCUCCAUUUCACGUUCCGUUCCUUUGAAGAAUAGAGGCAUGAAUAAACAUAUCAAUGAGAGUAAGCUCGGGAACAUGGUCAUGAGAGCACGCACGCGCCGUACUCCCAGUGAGUUGGUAGCACCGAAAGAAGCUGCAGAUGACGUCACGGUGCAGCAGCCGGCCAUUGGACGGCGGCACACACCAGGGCCGGUACUUAUACCGCAUCAGGUGGGCGCGCUCCGGAGUCGCCCGCAGCCGCCGCCGGACCAGCACACCCUGCCGGCCGCGGACACUUUCACCCGAGUGUGCCGCAGAUUUUCACCGAAAUGGCGCACACUCUACUCUCAACCCUGGCGCUGCUGAGCUGUUUUGCGGCCCUCCAGGCGUCCUCUGCGGACGAGCUGGCCACGGCCGCCUCACACACAGCUCCGCGGCACACGCUGCAUCUCCACCUCUCCGUGGACGAGCUGCGCCACGUGUUCGCCGUCGAGCGCCACGAGGACGUGCCAGAGUACGACCUCUUCCACGUGAGCUCCAGACGAAAGCGCAGCCUCAACGGCCGGCGCCGGCGCAGCGUUCACGUGCAAGCGUUCGGUGACCAGAUCGACCUGGACCUGGAGAUGAACCGCGAGAUCGAUAACCGCAUCCGGCUCUUCUACGCCGACGGCGCCGACAGCAACAUCAACAUUGAGCGCGUCGAGGGCGACACGGACAUGUACGUGGGCGAGCCGUACCAGGACGUGAGUCGCGAGGCGGCGCUGCUGGUCAACCACGCCGACGACGACACGCUGCAGCUGAACGGCGUGGUGUCCGAUCUGGUGAUCGCGCCGGCACCGAGGCGCGUGCACCACCACUACCCGUCGUCCCAUGACGACGACGCGCUGCUGGCUGACGACCAGGAGCCGCUGGACGGGUCUGAGAGCCACGACAGCACGGCCCGGCUGCGCCAGCGCCGCUCGACACCGCCGGUCACACGAGGACUGCACGUCAUCUACAAGCGCGCCGCCUCGCCGUCGUCGUCCACCGGCUCAGCUCCCAUCGACCACGAAGACUCGCUGCUGGUGGAGAAAGAGCCGGCAGCCAGUGACACCUCUCCUGGCUCCAGGAAGUCUCACCGGUUAAAGCGUGACACAAAUGACCUGUACCCCGAAAUCCUGAUCAUUGUUGAUUACGAGACCUACACAGCCCACAACUUUGAAGCAAAAGCCGUCAAACGUUAUUUAAUGAGCUUCAUGAACGCAGUUGACCUUCGCUAUAAAUCAGUAAACCAGCCUUCCAUCACUGUUAAGGUGGCUGGCAUUGUUAUCAGCAAAAGUAAGGAGGCAACUCCUUACCUAGAGAAAAACAUGAUAGGCGGGAAGGCUCUGAACGCCAUCGAUGCCCUGGCAUCCAUUGGUCGCUAUCUCUACAAAGAGAAGCGGCUGCCCAGUUACGACGUUGCCAUGGUGAUAACGAAGCGCGACAUGUGCACCCGUAACGGCGCAUGGGGUUCCUGUAACAAAAUAACCGCUGGGUACGCGUACGUUGGAGGAGGAUGCAGCGUCAGCAGGUACUUCCGCAAGAUCAACUCUGUGGCUCUGGUCGAGGACUCUAGUGGCUUCUCCGGCAUCAUCGUCGCCGCACACGAGCUUGGACAUCUGCUUGGAGCCGUGCACGAUGGCUCGCCGCCGGCAGCGUACCUGGGCGGGCCAGGAGCCAGCUCCUGUCCCUGGAAAGACGGCUACAUCAUGUCGGACCUGCGGCGGGACCAAAGGGGUCUCCAGUGGUCCGUCUGCAGUCUUAACCAGUUUACCCACUUCGCCAGUGAUGAGCGAUCACGCUGCAUGCACAACUAUCCGUCAGAGCGAGCGGAUUUACCGGCAGACAGGCCUCUGCCCGGCAAGCUGAUGACCGUGGACGCGCAGUGCAAGCGGGACCGCGGCUCGAGCGCCUGCUUCAAGGACCAGCGCGUGUGCGCCGAGCUGUACUGCUUCGAGCCGUCCAGCGGCUACUGCGUGUCGUACCGGCCGGCGGCAGAGGGCUCCGCCUGCGGCCGCGGCCUGCACUGUAUCAACGGCCAGUGCGUGGCCGACAGCUUCUACUACUAGCUGCCGCUGCCGCUGCUGCUUGUUACGUGCAGGCUGGCCCGCGGGCGGGUGCAGCCAUCUCUCAGGUACCUGGUACAUUGCUUGUUGGUGCGGUGCGGUCGCCGCUGGCGUUACACACUGGUUCCAUGUCGCCCCACCGGUCGGUCGGUCGGACGUCGGUACACUCGCUGGUCGGCACCGAUGGCGCUCACAGUCACACCUCGCUCAUCCUGCGAUCACUUGUUGCAUCUCAUCGACGACGCUUCAUCCAUGCUUAUUACGUUCUGGGCACAGCUGGUCUGUAUUCACUUGAUGAUACUCUUUCUUUUAUCUUGUGUGUUGAUAACAUGACAUUUAUAUUGAUAUGUAAUAUAAUAUAUGCAAGGAUUGGAUGAAUAAAGGUACAAAUGGUGUAAUUUCUAAGCGAGUCUUUAGCUCAUGAGUGCGACGCCUCCGAAUUUAACCAGCAUUUUGCUAGUGUCACUGAAUGAUAGCUAUUUUGGCACCUGUAUCUGCCUACGGUUCUUAUGCGAACAAUGUCUAUGGACUACGCACUAUGGCUCAUAGUACCUGUAUUAUUAC